AUGACUACAGAAGUCAUCCCUACAACUCCAAUAGUCCACCCGGUAAAGGAUGAAGUUAUAUUAGACACUUGCUUAGGCAACGACGACUUUUCUUCAGUCGAAAAACUUUCGCCAGAAAUAGAACUUAACCGGGAUGAUAUUUUGGAGGAAGCUCAACCACCACCCCCAUAUUCACAAACAUGUUCACUUUGGGACGAAAUGAGUAUAGAACAAUUAUUAGAAAAAAGUAGAGAAAUUACGCAAGUUGAAUCUUUAUUACAAACUAUUUUGAGUGAUCAAACUUUUGCCAUGCAUGAUUUAAGAUCACAAUUAUCAGACGAAGAAGUUAUGAAACAAGUAGUUACUGUGAAGGCUCUUACCGAAAAUAUUAUUGCUAGUAAAACUGAUGCAACAACAAAACCUUCAAUAACUUCGACUCUUGAUAUAAAAGUUUCCGAAGAGAAAUCAUCUGUUCGUUCAAUACCUGAUGAAUUUUGUUUUAAUAAUCCUACACCAGCAUUAUCCGCAAAUCUUACAACUCCUUCUAAUAAUUUGUCCAUUUCUCAACAACCUUCUCGUGUUCCUUCUCGUACUACUUCUCGUACUCCUUCUCGGGCUCCAUCAAGAGCUUCUUCACGUCCCCCUUCAAAAUCUGAUUCACGUGCUGUAUCUCCAAAUCGUACUUCGUCUCGUUCUUCUUCAAAACAAAAACGAGAUCAAUCUGUAUCUACCGUACCAAAUUCUCUUAAAAAUGAUAAAAUUGAUGAAAAUCCUAAAAUCAAUGAAGAUGACGACGAGGAAGAAGGUUCUGGUGAUACUUCUUUAGAUAGAAUGAAUGUCUUACUAAAUUCACUCAUUAAUGAAGCUACCGAAGCUGUGGAAACUCCUAUUAAAGGACGUGAAAAGAAGUUACGAAGAACAUCAAGUUCAAAUCAACCAGGUUUUGAUUUUUCGGAUAUUCUUAAUGAACUUGAUGCACUUGAAGAAGAGGAUGAAGAAGAGGACAAAUCAUCAUCAAGUCGAGGACUUAAAAGAGAGAAAGUACACGAACGAGCAAAGAGUAAAAAUGUAGAUAACUUUGAGGGUUUUGAAAAUAAAAUGCUUGAAAUUGGUCAAAGUUUAGAGGCCUUUGGUCAUCUUGUAGAUGAAAUUACAACCGAAGAAUCAAUGGUACAAGAAGAUUAUGGUCUUCAAUAUUUAGAUUCAACUGCAGAUCUUAUAAAAAAUCCCAGUGAAAAUCUAGCAGAUUUGGAUUAUUUUGCCCAACAAUGUCGUAUUCUUACACGUGCAUUUAUCCUUCCUUUCUUAUGGGCUACCAAUAACUUUAUGUCUGAAUCACUUCAAACCACUGAUAAUAUAAAUAAUUCAAGAGGAAUAAAAAGAACACUUCGAACCUUUAUGAAUCUUAUGUAUUGGACAUUUUUGUUUACACUUGGAUCUUUGGUAUUAGAUGCAUGGUUAUGUGAAGUUGCAGGAAGACAAGUAAUUAGAAUGGUUGAUUCAUUAAAACCAGCUCAACCAUUUGGAAUGAUUUAUGAAGAUGGUGAUUAUAAGAUAAGGAAAUUUGAAGAUGAAGAAUUAAUUAGUGAUGAUAGUGAUGAAUUGGAAAUUGUGGAUAUAGAUAGUAGUGAAGAUGAGGAAAGUUAUAUAGAAUAUGAUAAUGAAGAAGAUCUAGCUCAUUUAUUAAGACAAAAAAUUACUAAUGAAUGGUUAAAGCGUGCCGGACACGAGAAAAAUAUCUUUGAUAAUAAAGAUAAUAAUUAUGCGAAAAACAAUAUAGAUAACGUGUCCACCUUAAUUGAAAAAUCCGAUAUACUAGAAAAUACUUUUGUUACUUAUAAAAAAACCCCUACAAUGAUCAAUAAAACCAAAAAUAUACGACAAGUCAAACGUGUUGUACUUCGAAGACCUAAACGUAAUGGACCUUUUGGUGGUAGUGAUGGAUUCUUGGUAACUAAAACUCAUAAAAUAAGAACACGAAAUAUGACUAAUCAAAAUAUUCAAAAUAUGAAUCUAAAUAAAAUUAAUAGAAAUAUGGGUCAUAAUAGAAAAUCAGUUUCAAUUUCAAUUUCUAAGAAUCAAAGUUCUAAAUCACUUUCUCAUUCUAAAAGGUCAAGACGUUUUAGUAUAUAG